AUGGCCGGCCGCCCUCCGCCCAGCUCCCGCCGCCUCAACCGACGCCCGUCCCGGGGCGGCCAGGCCGCGGCCCGGGGCCCGGGGGCGGGGCCGGACACCGCACAAAGCCUCCCGCAGCUCCCGGAAACUCAACGGGCGGCUCUGCCCCGCCGCCGCCGCCCCGGAAGCGGAAGCAGAAGCACGCGCUCCCGGCCCGCCGCCGCCACGGUGCCGAAACGGAAGAGGCAGCAGCCGCCGCCCCAGGUGCCCGAGCGCCAGGAGGCCGGGGCCGGCGGCGCCGGGCGGCCUGCGGGACCGCCCAGCCUUCUGGGCCCUCCCCCCAUGGCCAAUGGAAAGCCUGGUGACCCCAAGUCAGCUCUGCGCAGAGGUCCCCCGGGACCAAGGGGACUGAUGAUUCCGCCGCUGCUGAGCCUCCCGCCUCCUCCCCGAGGCAGAGGCCCAGUGUGGGGAGGCUUAGGCCCCAGGUCUCGCCCAUAUGGUCGAGGUUGGGGGGUCAGUGCUGAGCCUCCUUUUCCUGAGCCAGACCAAGGUAGUCUCCCCAGGGAAGGCUUUCACAAACAACAGAGACAUCCUAGAAGGCUCAAAAGCUGGUCGCUUGUCAAGAAUACCUGCCCCCUCGAGGAUGAGCCCCAGGUUAUGGAAGACAAAUCUGACCGCCCAGUCUGCCGACACUUUGCCAAAAAAGGCCACUGUCGAUAUGAGGACCUCUGUGCCUUCUACCACCCAGGCGUCAACGGACCUCCUCUGUGAGACUGCCUUCCCUGCGCACUAGAGGGAGCCCGUCACCUCGCAGCCAUGCAUCUCCCACCCAUCUCUCACCUCCCCGAUCGAUCGAUCGAUCGGGGUCAGAGUUGUGUUUCAUCACUGGGGUACGAGGGCACUCUUUCUGCCUAUCCGGCCUCCGGAACCUCGCCCUCAGGCCCCCAUCUAGGCUCCUCGGCUGCCUCCUGGGUCCUCUCACCUCGCCACUGACUGCCGAGCAGGAGACAGACUAAGGGCCGCCUCUCAUGUGUCUGUCCACCAGCCGCAUUGCUGCCCUCCAGUCCUGAGCUGGGAGCAGUGUCCUCCCACUCCUGCUGCUUGUUUCCAGUCCCCCUGUGCGAGCCCUGCCCCAGCGCCGGGCUGUCUGGCCUGGGGUCCAGCUUGGAUGAUGCCGGGCCCUUCCCGAAAGGCCGCUCUCCUGCUCUGGGAUCCCGUGUCGCCGCCGAGGGCGGGACUGGAGAGCACUGUGCGGGGUGAACGCACACCGGAGCCUGUCUCGAUGUCCGUGGCUCUCUGUGGCUUCUCCGCACUAUGGUGUUUCUGCCCAAAUGAGUGAGGCUGGGGUGCCUCUGGGCUCUCCCCACCCCAACGAGGGAGCACUAGGACCUUCCUGCAAGGCUGCCACCCUGGCCCCCCAUUCUCUGGUGCCACUUUUUUGGGUUUGACAUGGGCCCAUGAGGUGUGCUCUAAGCCUCUGGUGGGCCUACCCCAUUUCGUCCACAGCCGUGUUCUUAGCCUAGUCCCGGGGAGGCCCCAGGCCUUCCGUGUGAAUUCUGUGAAUCUCCACAGAACGUCUUGCCGCCCGCUCCCACCUCCGUUGCUGCUGGUGGUUGUUUUCUGUGAAAACGGCAAUGAGCAGACACAGUCUGGAACUGGCCCUGAGGACAUGGUCAGGAGUUGUGUGGACAAGAGGGAGGGUGAAAGCCGUUGGAGAACUGAAAGUGAAUUUUGUUUCUUUUUAAUGUUUUUUAUAUUAAUAAUAAAUGCAGUGGGAACAA